CCGGUGGCUGUCACCAGUGCUGAUGGACUAACACUUCAGCACAGCAGGGAUCCAGCAAGUGUCUCAUGCUGGGCUCCUCUGGGAACACCCCGCUGCCAGGGCCUUUUCUCUCCUGCAUCCCUGCAGGGUGGUUUUAUCAGAGCAGACAGAAAUCCCCACCUGUUAGCAUUCGCGCUCAGGAUCAGCAGUAGUUUUGGAGCAGGGGGAGAGCAAGAGCCGCGGAAGAGAGCCCGGCCCAAUAAAGGAUUGGUUCCGUUUGUGCAUCCACGCUGUGUCUGGGAUGGCAGAGGUGGGGCGAGAAAGACAGCUGCCAUCGCUGCUCAUGAGACCGGCCCCGGGCCGGGACAGUACCGUCUGCCUCCUACUGUUGGAUUUGUCAACCACGACUACACCAAGUUAACCAGCCCAGAUUAUUCCUUUCACAGGAGACUCAACAAUGGCAUGUAUUUCAAAGAUUCAAGCCCAGGUCCCUGCUAUUACGUGGACCCGCAACUCACUCGCUUUGGCAGGAGCUGAGGCCCAUCCUAUUCCAUGCUGGCGAGAGCAAAGACCUUCGCGCAGCCACGGACCCCUGGGCCAGGCAGGUACAGUCUAGAGAAGGCCCCACCUGUCACUCAGCGCAGGCCGCCGUCUUUCACCAUGGGAUCUCUUACCAAGUACCGGUGGGUGGAUCCCGUCCCUGCCGCGAAGAGCUACACUCUCCCCUCACUGCUGGGCUCCCGGGUCCCCAGCAAACCGUCCAGCCCUAGUGUCACCAUCUCAGGACGGAACAAACACGGUGACUUUUCUGAGGACUUGUCCCAAAAGCCCGGCCCUGGCCAUUACAACGGGACAGAUCCCAACACCUACUUGCACCGGGCGCCUGCCUUCUCCAUUUGGGGGCGACGCAGUGCGCCCUGGGCUGCCUUCCGGACACCGGGGCCUGGAACGCACAGCCCUGAAAAGGUGACCGCUCACAAGACAAGAGCUCCAGCCUACUCCCUGGGUGUCCGGCACUCCGAAUUUGUCACUCCUCUCAUCGUGGAUGUUUCCCAGUGACAGAGCAGUGGGGCGGCAGUUCCCUGGCGUCAGGUCACUGGCCUUGAUUUACCUUCCCUGCCUUGAUCUACUGGAUCGCCAGUGACUCAGACUGGAAGCUCUUUGCUUUGCCCCCAGCCCAUUCAUGCCACGCAGUCCUGGGAAAGCUUCCAAGCAGCAGAUGCGCAAGCACUUGAGACAUUUAAAACAGGGCCAGUCCAAACCUCUGCAGCAGGAGGAGUCUUCCUAGGGUUGCCAACCUUCCAGGAUUGGCCUGGAAUCUCCAGGGAUUAAAGAUUAAUCUUGAAUUAAUGAUUAUGUCCUCAUGUGAUGAAAUCUCCAGGAAUACAUCCAAUCAAGCUUGGCAAUCCUAAGUUUUCCACCUCUGGCCUCUGUGACGCUUUGAUUCCCUAACAGCCUCCACAAACUGGGUUCUGAUCUUCCCACUUGGAGACCCAAAGUUUCUCUAAUAAACAGCAGCAAAGAGUCCGGUGGCACCUUAUAGACUAAUGGAUGUUUUGGAGCAUGAGCUUUCGUGGGUGAAUACCCACUUCGUCGGAUACAUCCACAGGACUCUUCGUUGCUUUGACAGAUCCAGACUAACACGGCUACCCCUCUGAUAUCUAAUAAACAGGUCAACAAAGAAGAACGUCAAAGACCGUGUUUGUAUGCAGCGUGGACCUGACGCAGAGCUCUGGGUGGCCCGCAAGCGUGUCUCUCUCACCAACAGAAGCUGGUCCAAUAAACGAUAGCACCUCCCACACCUUGUCUCUCUAAAGAUAUUUUCAGGGGAGAGGGAGAGGGGGAAAGGAAAGAGGUGCCGCUUUCUAGCCCCC